ACCGCACAGACAACCAUGUGGGGUUCAGCACCCCAACCUCUGCACAGCCUGCUGGCCUUCUCUCUUUUCCAGCACGGUUUUAGCGAGGUCAGGGUCCCCUGUGACUUGGCUGCUCACACAAGGUUGGCGGGCGUCGCUCUGGAGCUGGCCCGAGAGGCUCUGUGCUGCGUCCGGGGGCCGCCGCGGAGGACAGUGAGGAUGAGCCCCACGCAGGGCGUCUGUCUCGGGAGGCGGUCUUCAGAGACAGCACCCAGGGUGCAGAUGGGGGCGUCACCUCAGGCUCACGUCCCCAGCUCUGGCCCUCAGAACUGUGCUGCCUGUGUGCACGAGGGCAUAUACGAAGACGACAUCUCCAUCCUGGACAGCAGCUCGGCCUUCCCAGAUAACGCCGCCCGCAGGGAGGUGGAGAGCCUGCCAGCCGCCUGUGCCAGCGAUGGGUGCACCUGGAAGGGGACCCUGAAGGAAUACGAGAGCUGCCACGAAGGACACUGCCCUUUUGCGCUGACCGAGUGCCCCGCGUGUGAAGGCCUGGUGCGCCUCAGCGAGAGGGAGCGGCACACGGAGCAGGAGUGCCCGGAGCGGAGCCGGAGCUGCCCCCACUGCCAGGCCCCCUGCUGCGGGGCCGCCCUGAAGGUGCACCAUGACGUCUGUCCCAAGUUCCCCCUGUCCUGUGACAGCUGCGGCCAGAGGGAUAUCCUGCGGGAGACGUUCCAGGACCACAUCAGGACGUGUGGCAGACGGCGUGUGCCCUGCAGGUUCCAGGCUCUUGGCUGCUCGGAGCUGGUGGAGGGCGAGGGGCAGCCAGAGCACGAGGCCCAGUGGCUGCAAGAGCACCUGGGCCUGCUGCUGCGCUGGGCCCUGGAGGUGGGGCCCCCAGCCCGGGAGCCCGGCCAGCCGGAGCCAGAGCUCCUGCAGCGCUGUGAGAGCCUGGAGGGGAAGACGGCCACCUUCGAGAACAUCGUCUGCGUCCUGAACCGGGAGGUGGAGAGGGUGGCCGUGACAGCCGCGGCCUGUAGCCGGCAGCACCGCCUGGACCAGGACAAGAUCGAGGCCCUGAGCAACAAGGUGCAGCAGCUGGAGAGGCACAUCGGGCUGAAGGACCUGGCCGUGGCCGACCUGGAGCGGCGGGUGCUCGAGCUGGAGGCCUGCAGCUAUUUUUUUUUGAAGAUCUCCUACUCCGCCAGGAAGCGCCAUGAGGCCGUGGCCGGCCGCACGCCCGCCAUCUUCUCCCCAGGACAUAGUGCCAGAGGCCUGCCCGGAAGUGGAGAUGGAGUCCAGGCUCAUGGGAGGCAAGCGCCCACGUGGACUUCCUGGCUGGGCCCCCCUCGCACUGGACAGUGGACUCUGGCCCGGAACUGGGUGCUGCCCUUGGCCACUCAGUCCUGUCGUGCCCCUGCUACCAUGCUGUCACCUGGGACCACGCUCCUCCUGACUGUGCUCCUGGCAGCCAGCUCCCAGGGCCAGAGGGCUCGGAGGCCCCCGAUGCCCCCGUCCCCCAUCAGCACCAUCCAGCCCAAGGCCAAUUUUGAUGCUCGCCAGUUUGCAGGGACGUGGUUCCUCGUGGCCGUGGGCUCUGCCUGCCGCUUUCUACAGGAGCAAGCCCACCGUGCAGAGGCCACCGCACUGCACGUGACUCCCCAGGGUGAGACCAUGGCCGUCAGCAACUUCCGCAAGCUGGACGGGAUCUGCUGGCAGGUGCGCCAGCUCUACGCAGACACCGGGGUCCCUGGUCGCUUCCUGCUCCAAGCCCGGGGUGCCCGUGGGGCAGUGCACGUGGUUGUCGCUGAGACCGACUACCGGGACUUCGCCAUCGUGUUCCUGGAGCGGGCUCGGCAGCUGUCAGUGAAGCUGUAUGCCCGCUCACUCCCUGUGAGCGACCCCGUGCUGGCCACCUUCGAGCAGCACGUCCAGGGGGCCAACCUGACGGAGGACCAGGUCGUCUUCUUCCCCAAGUACGGCUUCUGCGAGGAGGCUUCCGCAGACCAGUUCCACACCCUGGAUGAGGUGAGGACCUGAGAGGCCGACCCAGAGAAGACUGCUGGUGGGACGCCCGCUACCCUGCUCAGCGAGCCGCAGGCCCCCACGGGGUCCAGCCUCGGGUCAGGGCCCCACUACCCCUGGGGACCCCUCUGGUCUGGAAGCUUAGGCAGGAAGGUGCCUUCUCAUUAAACGGUCAGACUCAG